AGCCGAACCAACAGCCUGACUCCAGGGGAAUGAGGGCCUCAUCUCCUUUUGGGGAAGGACACUCCCUUCUGAUGGAGAAUGGGAACUCCCUCCCGCAGCGGCCUGCCUGCUAGCUCCAGCUAGCUCAGUGUGGACUCCAUAGGCUGCUGAGGCCUCGCCUGCGACCCUCACCCCGUAAAGAAAGUGCCUCAGAGCCAAAGCGAAGAGAGCUGCAGCAACUGAGAAGUCCAGAGAGCCGGCGUGGGGCUGCUGGGGAAGCAGCGGCAGCACAGUGACCGCGACACAGAGCAGACGACACCCGGCCGAUUCCCCUUCCCCUUGGACAAAGAGGCACAGUCCUCAGCCUGCAAGUUUUUCAGCCUUGAAAACGCGGUAACCGGCAGCUGCUGAGCCAUGGCUGAAGGGGAAAUCACAACCUUCACCGCCCUGAUGGAGAAGUUUAAUCUGCCUCCGGGGAAUUACAAGAAGCCCAAACUCCUCUACUGUAGCAACGGGGGCCACUUCCUGAGGAUCCUUCCAGAUGGCACAGUGGACGGGACAAGAGACAGGAGCGACCAGCACAUUCAGCUGCAGCUCAGUGCGGAAAGCGUGGGGGAGGUGUAUAUAAAGAGUACCGAGACUGGACAGUACUUGGCCAUGGACACCGAUGGGCUUUUGUACGGCUCACAGACACCAAAUGAGGAAUGUUUGUUCUUGGAAAGGCUGGAGGAAAACCAUUACAACACCUACACCUCCAAGAAGCACGCCGAAAAGAAUUGGUUUGUUGCUCUCAAAAAGAACGGAAGCUGCAAACGUGGUCCUCGGACUCACUAUGGCCAGAAGGCAAUUCUCUUUCUCCCCCUGCCAGUCUCCUCUGAUUAAAGAAAUCUCUUCUGGGUGCCGACCACUUCAGAGGAGGCUGAGGGGUCCUCACCCAGUUGACCCCAGAUUGUUCCCUUGACCAUUGGCUGCACUAACCCCUGGCCCACAGAGCCUGAAUCUGUAAGCAGUGCGCUUCUAAAUGCCCAGUUCACUUUUUUUGCAGAGCCUCUUACCCCAGCACAGUUUGGAACAGAGGGAUCAAAUUGCUUCUAGGGGCCAACAGGCUGGUCAGUCUGGGUGUGUGGAUGUCCAGCUGCCUCCGGGCACCUGCUGUAGGCUGAGCCUCUCAAUGCAAGGCGUGGCCAGAUGAAGUGUGUUCAGGGGGCUGCCAUGUGAGUCAUCAGUAACUGCAUACAGUUCCCUCUACUGAGUAAACUCUGUCUGUGAUUCCCCCAAACAUCUGGCAUGAUGCCCUUUUGUCCUUUCAGUUCUCCACAUGUAUUAGCAGAGAAGCUUAUGGCUAGGUUAGGGGAAGGCAGUGUUCAGGGGUAAAACGGGGAUGAAGAAAUCAACCCCCCCCCCACCGCCAAGAAGAGAAGGGACUAAAAUGGCAAGGGGAGAUUGGGUUCUGGCGGACAGCUCACAAGGAUGGGCUCUCAAGGCAGAACAAACAAAGGAUGGGAGGCUUAGCCCCAAGAAAGGAUAAAUGCAUAGCUUCAGAAGUCCUUAGGAUGCCUUGACUUUCCCAAGAUUAUCAGGCAGCAGGAAGCCCCAGGAUGAUGGGCACCAUCAGAAGUGGGCUCUUGAUAAAAGCAAAAACAUCCAAGGUUGGUAAAUUCAUUUGGAUCUGCGGUGUGGGAGUGCUGAGAAAGAAAGGAAAUGUGGGCUGAGGGGACGGCUUUCCUUGAAAGAGGUAGAUUUCAGAA